CCAAUGACCAACUCAAAGGAUUUCUCAAUCACAUCAAAAAAUUGGUGAUAGGAUCAGUGCAUUACCUGAUGAACUUCUCAAUCACAUUCGAUCUUUUCUUUCAACUAAAGAAGCCGUUAGGACCAGUAUCUUGUCAAAAAGGUGGAGACUUGCUGAUGGGGUCAGUGCAUUACCUGAUGCUCUUCUCACUCACAUUCUAUCUGUUCUUUCGACUAAGGAAGCAGUUUGCACAAGUAUCUUGUCAAAAGGUGGAAAUUUGCUUGGACUUCAAUCCCAAUUCUUGACUUAAUGAUUACGAGUUCUUCAACGAUAUAUGACACUGAAGAUGAGUCGGUUGCAUGGCAUUUUGUAAAGAGUGUCCAUGAUGCUUUUUUCAUAACAAACUUGUUCUUCAAGGAAUAAAUAUGGCAACUGUUAAUCCUUGCUUGUUCAUGAAUCUUUCUUCUUCUUUGACCACUCUUGAUCUGCAUUUUUAUGAGUUCAGAGGAAACUUUCCAAGUGGUAUUUUCGUCUUUCCAAACCUCAAGGUGCUCCGUUUAGGUGCAGGAAGCCCAGAACUCAAGUGUUGAUUUUCCGAGGUCCAGUCCUAUCCAAAAAUUGGAAUUAAACCACGAGGAUUGUGGGGGAAGGAAAUUUCCCAAGUCAAUAGGAGAUCUAAAGUCAUUACGUUCUUUAGUUCUCUUUAGCUACAACUUGAAAUGUUCCAUUCCAGCUUCAAUAAGAAAGUUGUCUAAACUUACUCUUGUGAACUUCCGACAUAACAAUUUUUGGAGUCAAAUCCCAUUAUUACUUACA